AUGGCAACGUACUCCUCCGUCGGCGAGACUCUCGCUCGCGAAAACCUCACAGAUCAUGCCACCGCCACCUCAACACAGAACCUGAACUCCUGGUCCGGCAAAUACCGCGGGGUACAUCCACAUCCCCCGCCGCCGCCUACUCACUCACUAACUUCGACACAUAUAGGCUACCGUCGAAGACCUCGACCCUCCCCCGCCCUCUCCGUCUCCCCCAACGACUCCAUCUCCUCCGCCCAGCUUGCCGCUUACGAGCGCGACUACAGCCAUCUCACCGUGAUCUCCUCGAGCACCCGCGCUCUGAUCGGCUACCUCAGCAUCCCACGCCUCAAGGAGCUCCUGCGUGAGGGCAAAGUCCAGGAAUCUGACCCCGUCAAAGUCGCCAUGCAGCGCUUCAACCGGAAACGCACAAAUGUGUACCAGGUGAUCACAAUGGAUACGCCUCUAGAAGAACUCGAGCGGUUUUUCAAGGGUCAGCCGAUGACUGCGACUGAGGGCCAUUCGACGCAGGGUAUGGGCAAGCAGGAUUUUGCUAUUGUCACGGAUCAUUCGCGGAAGUUUGUGUUGGGGGUUGUGACGGAAGGGGAUUUACAGGAGUUUGUGAAACGAAGGCCUGCAUAACCAUUUUCGUCUUCUUCAUUUAAGGAUAAGGAUAAGGAUGAAUUAAUUUGGUGUCAUUAUUUACCGCAUUCAAAGGUUAUUAGCGCGUCGCAGUAUUUAUUAGUAUACAG